AUUUGUCUAUGACCGUCUUGCCCGCUGUGUCGGUCGUGUUCACGUUACAUAAUUUCGGCUGAUUAUUCUAACCAAGUGCAAAGGAUAAUCCGAGAUGUUAGGGGCUGUAAGUAGGGUCGGAAGCGGCCUUGUUGCUGCCAAGUCGGUCGCCGAAAAAGCCACCAAAAUUGUGUCAGUAUCAGCUGGUAACAGGAGGGAUUAUGCUGCCAAAGCCGCCGCAACCAAGGCCGAAGGUAAGGUGGUGGCCGUGAUCGGAGCCGUGGUGGACGUGCAGUUCGAGGAGCAGCUGCCGUCCAUCCUCAACGCGCUGGAAGUGCAGAACCGGCAGCCGCGGCUGGUGCUGGAGGUGGCGCAGCACCUGGGAGAGAACACGGUGCGCACCAUCGCCAUGGACGGGACCGAGGGGCUGGUGCGCGGCCAGCCCGUGGUGGACUGCGGCUCGCCCAUCCGCAUCCCCGUGGGCGCGGAGACUCUGGGCCGCAUCAUGAACGUGAUCGGCGAGCCCAUCGACGAGCGCGGCCCCAUCCCCACCGACAAGAGGGCCGCCAUCCACGCGGAGGCGCCCGAGUUCGUGGACAUGUCCGUGGAGCAGGAGAUCCUCGUGACCGGCAUCAAGGUGGUGGACCUGCUGGCGCCCUACGUCAAGGGAGGCAAGAUCGGCCUGUUCGGCGGCGCCGGCGUGGGCAAGACCGUGCUCAUCAUGGAGCUCAUCAACAACGUGGCCAAGGCGCACGGAGGGUACUCAGUGUUCGCGGGAGUGGGCGAGCGCACGCGCGAGGGCAACGACCUGUACCACGAGAUGAUCGAGUCCGGAGUCAUCUCGCUCACGGACAAGACGUCCAAGGUGGCGCUGGUGUACGGCCAGAUGAACGAGCCGCCCGGCGCGCGCGCCCGAGUGGCGCUCACCGGCCUCACGGUGGCCGAGUACUUCCGCGACCAGGAGGGGCAGAACGUGCUGCUCUUCAUCGACAACAUCUUCCGCUUCACGCAGGCCGGGUCCGAGGUGUCUGCGCUGCUGGGGCGCAUCCCCUCGGCCGUGGGGUACCAGCCCACGCUGGCCACCGACAUGGGUACCAUGCAGGAGAGGAUCACCACCACCAAGAAGGGCUCCAUCACCUCCGUGCAGGCCAUCUACGUGCCCGCGGACGACUUGACUGACCCUGCCCCGGCCACUACCUUCGCUCACUUGGACGCCACCACCGUGCUGUCCCGAGCCAUCGCCGAGCUCGGCAUCUACCCGGCCGUGGACCCCCUGGACUCCACCUCGCGUAUCAUGGACCCCAACAUCAUCGGGCCCGAGCACUACAACAUCGCUCGUGACGUGCAGAAGAUCCUCCAGGACUACAAGUCUCUGCAGGACAUCAUCGCCAUCCUGGGUAUGGAUGAGUUGUCUGAGGACGACAAGCUGACCGUCGCUCGCGCGCGCAAGAUCCAGCGUUUCCUGUCACAGCCUUUCCAGGUGGCGGAGGUGUUCACCGGGCACGCGGGCAAGCUGGUGCCGCUCGAGGAGACCAUCAAGGGCUUCACCAAGAUCCUGCAGGGCGAGUACGACCACCUGCCCGAGGUGGCCUUCUACAUGGUGGGGCCCAUCGAGGAGGUCGUCGCCAAGGCCGACACCCUCGCCAAGUCGUAAACGAAUAAGUUGUAAAGGGAAGUGUAAUCAAAUCUAUAGUCUGUGAGAAAGCUGCAAUCGGUGCGAUCAUGAUGUUUCAUAUUAAAACAUAGUUAUAAUUA